AGAGUGUUUUGCUACCAUCGCCAAAGUAAAAGCAACGAGCUUUACAAGUGGAAGAAUAUUCACUUUAUAAUUCUACCCUUCUCUUACAGUCAAGUCAACAGCUACUCUUGUCCUCUUUCCGACCCAUAUCAGUUAUUGGUUUUCUUCGCAAUUUCGAUCAUACCAACAACAAAAUGGAUUCUUGUUCGAUCGCCAAUUUUCUGCUCGUUUUACUGCUCUCACUUGCUUCUCUUUGUCCCGUCCAUGGCACUCAUGAGGAGGAUCAUAAUACCAACUAUGCAAAAGAGAUUCUAAGCGCAGCCCAGCAAGAUAAACAGUGGUUGGUCUCCAUAAGAAGGCAAAUCCAUGAAAACCCAGAACUCAGAUUCGAAGAGUACAACACCAGUGCUCUUCUACGCAGAGAAUUGGACCAACUUGGCAUCACUUACACAUACCCAAUUGCCAAAACUGGUAUUGUUGCCCAAAUUGGCUCUGGUUCGAGCCCUGUUGUUGCACUUCGAGCUGACAUGGACGCCCUCUCAUUGCAAGAGCUUGUAGAGUGGGAGCACAAGAGUAAGGUUGAUGGUAAAAUGCACGGUUGUGGUCAUGAUGCUCACACGACCAUGCUUCUUGGCGCUGCUAAGUUGCUUAAUCAACGGAAAGACAAACUUAAGGGAACAGUGAGACUUAUUUUUCAACCUGCGGAGGAGGGAGGUGCCGGCGCAUCUGAGAUGAUAAAAGGAGGUGCGCUUGGUGAAGCUGAAGCAAUAUUUGGGAUGCACGUUGCUUAUGGAAUACCUACCGGAACUAUAGCAUCCAUUUCAGGGCCACACUUAGCUGCUGUUUGCUUUUUUGAAGCCAAAAUGGUCGGGAUAGGCGGGCAUGCUGCAGAACCCCAUCUUACUGCCGACCCAAUACUUGCUGCCUCAUUUGCAAUUUUGGCAUUGCAACAACUCAUCUCAAGAGAAGUUGAUCCCCUCCAUAGCCAAGUUCUGUCCGUUACUUAUGUUAGAGGUGGGAGUGCAUCCAAUGUAAUUCCAUCACAUGUUGAAUUUGGGGGCACAUUGAGGAGUCUUACAACUGAAGGCUUGUGGAAACUCAGGAGGCGGUUGAAAGAGGUUAUUGAGAGCCAGGCAGUGGUGCACAGAUGUAAUGCAUAUGUCGACAUGAAAGAUGAAGAAUUCCCACCAUUACCUGCUGUUUUCAAUGAUGAAAGCUUGCAUCUGCAUGUGAAGAGGGUUGGAGAACUUAUGCUUGGUCCUGAGAAUGUGAUGGCAUGCGAGAAACUCAUGGCAGGUGAAGACUUUGCCUUCUAUCAGGAAGUGAUACCUGGAGUGAUGUUUAGCAUUGGAAUUAGAAAUGAGGAAGUGGGUUCAGUUCACUUUCCACACUCCCCUUACUUCUUUCUUGAUGAGGAUGUCCUUCCAAUUGGGGCAGCAUUACAUGCUGCCUUGGCGGAGAUUUAUUUGGAUAGCCACCAACAUUCGGUUAAACAGUAAAAUUUCAGAGCAAUUGGUGUGGAGCGUUCUGCAGAAACUUGGUGGUUUGGUUGCAUGCUGCUAUAUUGUACUAAGCAGUGUCAAGCUGAUGAAGUAGUGAAUGAGAAUGUAAAUUUGUUUCAAACAAGUGAAGAAUUCGUUUUGUUCAAUGAUUCACUUGUUUAUAAAUGAACAAAAAAGGUUAAGGAAAAUGAAAAUUUUCAGGUUGAAAGUCAACAAGAGAGUACCCUUAAAUGUGAA